ACACCCAUGUAUUAACUGGGUGAGGCAGCAGCAGCUCAGCAACAGGGCAGCACCUCACACAGGGACUGGAGGAAGAGAAAGCGGUACCUCGGAGGUGCUGGGAAACAGUCCACUGCAGAGAUGAAGGGAGAAGCUGGAAGGACACUACACAAUGAGAAGCCAAAGCAGGAAGGACACGUCUGGGGCUCCAUGAGGAGGACGGCCUUCAUCCUGGGCUCUGGCCUUCUCUUGCUGGUGGCCUUCUGGAACUCAGUCACAUGGCAUCUUCAGAGAUUCUGGGGAGCUUCUGGCUACUUUUGGCAAGCCCAGUGGGAGAGGCUGCUGUCUACAUUUGAAGGGAAGGAGUGGACCCUCUUCAUUCUAGGUGCCACCCAGGUACCUGUUUUUUUCUUCUGGAGCUUUAGUGGACUUCUGCUGGUGGUUGACACAACUGGAAAGCCUAACUUCAUCUCCCGCUACCGAAUUCAGGUCGGCAAGAAUGACCCUGUGGACCCCGUGAAGCUACGCAAGUCUAUCCAAAUGGUUCUCUUCAACCAGUUUGUCAUCUCCUUGCCCUUAUUGGUCUUCCUCUAUCCCAUCCUCAAGUUGCGGGGAGACCCCUGCCGCCAAGAGCUCCCCACCUUCCACUGGUUCCUCCUGGAGCUCGCCAUCUUCACGCUGACUGAGGAAGUCCUGUUCUACUACUCACACCGGCUCCUUCACCAUCCAACACUCUACAAGAAAAUCCACAAGAAACACCACGAGUGGACAGCUCCUAUUGGAGUGAUCUCUUUAUAUGCCCACCCCGUUGAGCACGUGGCCUCCAACAUGCUGCCGGCAAUGGUGGGUCCAAUAAUAAUGGGUUCCCACUUGUCCUCCAUCACCGUGUGGUUUUCGUUGGCCUUCAUCAUCACCAUCAUCUCCCACUGUGGCUACCACCUACCCUUCCUGCCUUCACCUGAAUUCCAUGACUACCACCAUCUCAAGUUCAACCAGUGCUACGGGGUGCUGGGGGUGCUGGACCACCUCCAUGGGACCGACACCGUGUUCAAGCAGACCAAGGCCUACGAGAGACACACGAUCCUGCUGGGCUUCACCCCGCUCUCUGAGAGCAUCCCCGACCCCCCAAAGAAGAUGGAGUAAGAGAUGGCCCGAGGGCUGCCCUGGCUGGCCCCUCAGCAGAGAACUGCCAGGUGGCCUGAGGCCUCUGGGUUGCUCUUCGGCCCACACUCUAACAAGGACACCAAGAGGGCAGGGGAAGGACACCUUCCUGGAAAGCAGGGCCAAGGAUGGGGCCAGGACACUAACUGCCUGCCAUCCUCCAAGGGGUCCAGGGAGGGGUUAGUUUAAGAGGAAAACUUGUAGCUCUGGGAACGGAGGCCAGUCAGAGGGAAGAAGCCAGGCAUCUGAGACAUCCCAGAUGACUCCUUGUGGCCUUGGGAAGACACAGGGAAUGACAAAGGUGGCAGGAGGCUGUGGCUGAUGCCAGGGUGGGGGAACCAGAAGACACUGCUUUGCCCCCUCCUCCCCCCCGAGUCCCAAACAACUCUCAUACUCUACUCAGGCCAGGGCCAGGACACACUGGCAGUGGUUCUGGGGUCAAGUCCCCUCUGCCCCCGAGUAGACACACAGGUAAUGUGAUCAAGCCCCCAUUGUAAAUGGAAGCCACCCCCAGGAGUUCCUCCUGGGAUCCACGCUGAGGUACCAAAGAGGUACAGACAAGCCUGGUACCUUCAGCCACACACGGAAACCAAAGGCCCAACCCUGUGGCCCUGCUACUAGGGGCCCUUCCAUGCACGGAGGGAAAAGUCUGAAUUGCUGACCUGUGGGAACACCCAACUGAGGCCCCUCAGCGGCCUCUGUGAAGCAGGACCAAAGGGCCUAGAACCCUCUUCCUCCAGUGAGAGGGCAAGAAACACAUGGCUAAACAAAGGGCGAGUCGUCACUUUCCCCUCAACGAUGGACCGGUUGUUAAGCACCACUGAUUCAGGACGAUUUGGGCAGUGACCCUUUUUAUACACAGCAAAACCGCAGAUCUGCUCAGGUGGAAGCAGUGCCCACCGUGGGGCUCCCAAGAACAAAUGAACUUGAAAGACCACUAUGGUCAGUUCUAACUCUGAUAUAUUCCUGAACUCUCAGUUCUGCUCUGUCCAGAAAAGCACCCACUGUAAUUUUGUAAAGGACUUGUAACAUCUGACAGGGCCAGGUCUCCAGGCAGAACUAUCCGAAUAACCUCUUCCUAGCAGUCCUGGUGCCCGGAGGACCCGCCCAGUUGGCCAGCCGGGUGUGCACCAGGAGGCGCCCUCCUCCCUGGGAUAGCUCCCCUUUAGCUGGUGCAGCUCCUGCUGCCUCGGUGCUCUAAGUGCUCACUGCUGCUGGCCUGACCCACAACCCGAUGCUACGAACAGACAGCUGGAAAACGGCUCACCAUCGGUGAACUCGGCAAUGUGAAGAGUGAGGAGAAAGUGGGAGAAGGGAUGUGUUUCUCCCUGUGAGGACUUUGCAUCUGGGGUACUGUCUGGGCGCAGAGGGAUGAGGGGCUGGGUCUGAAACUGGGUACCAGAGAGACUCAAGCAAAGGCCGAGGUCUCAACAUUCCCAGCAGAACAUGCAAAGGUGAGAGACGGCAGGGAAAUAAACUGGUGUCCUUCAAACUGCA